GUCUUAUCGUGGCCCCGCAAAAAACUUGUGAACUUUUUAUGUUUUACUGGUAAGACAUUGAACCUUAACUUUGGUGAUACGCAAAAGUUAAAAGCUUCUUCUUGACGGCCUGCGACAUUAAUCUCAAGAUGGCUCCUAUAACCACAGCAGAUGAUGUUGCAGCCAACAAACGAAAGAGAGAUGGAAAAGAACAUGGAAAAAGGAAACGAGCAAAACGGGAUGUUUUAUCUUCCAAUGUUACUCCGACCGACGAGCAGCCUCCCCAAGAGAAGACGGCUAGCCAAACCAAUGGCUUCACAGCGCCAUCGGAUAACCCGAAAAACUCGAGCGCCGCUGCAAUAAACACCAAUACCUCGGUUGCGACAAAAGAAAAACAACGACAUGGAUCUAAGAAAAAUAGGCAAUCAUCUAAAGAGACACUGCCAAUAUGGAGGGUAUCAAAAGCUAUGGGAGGAAGAAUGAUGAACAUAGAUCCCAUAUUAACUGACGAUGAGAAGCACCUGAUAAUAGCUUAUAGCACCUCUAUCCAUGUAUAUUCGACAGCCGAUUCCCUCCUAGUACGAAAAAUCCCGCUUUUGGAUGCGCGAGCUGCUAAGAAACAACUCGUUUCUAUCCACUUGUCCCCAAGCUCACCGAAUCACGUAUGGGUUGCUUCGUCCGCUGGUCAUCUCUGGUUAGUUGACUGGACCAAUGGAACCGAAACUACAUUCAAAGUCAAGUGUGGUCUUCUAUGCGGCAUGUUCAUUGAAAACGUACAGUUUGGCGAGGACUCCCGAGACGUACCGAUAGCUUCCAUUGAAAAGGAUGGCGCUUGGCAUAUCAUGGCCUAUGAUGUGCGAGGAACUGAGAUGAAGAUCUCGAAAUCUCUCCUUUCGCAGACGAUGCCAUUCUUAGACUUGCGGUCUGUUAUGAAUGGGUCCGCUAUAAUAGCAUCGGCGGAUCGUGAAAUUUUACUUGGUACAUUACAGUCUCCAGGGAUCAAACAUUUCCAAGAUUUACGUUAUGAAUUCUUCACUCUCGACUGUAGUGACGAGAUUACCUCCCUAGAUGUGCGAGCAACAAAACGUAUACAUCUUAGUCGAAGGACCCAGGCGGAGACUGGUGACGAAACUGUUCUGGAUGUUGUAGUGGGUUGCGCUCGCGGAGCCGUGUUCUUCUACAAUGAUCUCUUACCUCAACUCCGAUGGUUGCAUAAUUCCAAGGGGCACAGAAGCUCCCUUCAACCCCGCAAAUAUCACUGGCACCGUAAAGCUGUCCACGCUGUUAAAUGGUCACAAGAUGGAAAUUAUAUUCUCUCUGGUGGUUCUGAAUUGACAUUGGUGUUAUGGCAAUUAGACACACAAAAAAUGGACUUUUUACCCCAUCUCUCUGCUACAAUUGAAAACAUUGUUGUCUCAAAGCGUGGUUCGGCAUAUGUCCUUCAUUUGGAUGAUAACUCAGCUAUCGUUUUGUCAACAGCAGAAAUGAAACCAACGACAUACAUAUCUGGAAUCCAAACCCUUGUUUCCCCCCAACCUGCCUCAAAGGAUAAUAUAGUUAGAAGGAUUGGACAAUACUCCUCAGGCCGAUUAUCGAAAACACCAGCUGCGAUCAACCCAGCGGAUCCAUCUCGGAUCCAUUUUUGUGUGGGUAAUGGGCAGCAGGUUAGCCAAGCUGGAAGUUAUCCUUCAACUCCGAUGGUGCAAACGUUAGACCUCGCUACUAUGCAAGGCGUUUCAAAGCAGGCCUUGACAAGAACGCAUCCAACAGAUAUCAAUGUCACGACCAAAGGCUACGCGAUAACGGAACCCCGCGUCACAGGUAUGUCAUAUUCAGCAGACGGCAAAUGGCUUGCUACGACUGAUGAGUGGCAACCGCCUACGCGGGAUGUUAACUCCCUCGGAGGGUCGCCUGCCGAUAGACGCGAAGUCUACCUCAAAUUCUGGGCCGUUAAGCCUGAAGACCAGAGCCUAGAACUAAUAUCUCGCAUCAAUGCACCGCAUUUCACGAGUCAUAGUGAAUCGGUAUACGGUUUGGCCGCCGAUCCACAUGCGCAUCGCUUUGCUACUAUUGGGGAAGACGGAGUCGUCCGCUUAUGGGAGCCAACAAUUAGGCAACGGGAUGGCGUACUAGUCAAGGGCAAGUUCGGACGUGAAUUGCAUAGCUGGGCAUGUUCCAAGGCUAUACACCUUCAGGAAAACGAGGAACCUCUUCACUCGGAUGCAGUCGCUGCUAAGUCUCUACCACGAGGGUCAGGUGCCGUUUCUUUCUCUGAAGAUGGAUCUACCUUGGUCUGUGCUAUUGGAACCGUUCAUGGUUCGACAGUUCAUAUCAUCGACACCGAAUCUGGUAAAAUACGAAACUCUGUCGACGGUCUAGUAACUGGAGACAUUCGGGAUAUAAGAGUCUUAUCUUCAUCUCUGGUCGUGCUUUCAGAUCGCCUUGCCGUAUACGAUUUGGUUGCAGAUGAGCUGCUCUACGGAGUCCAAUUAAGGGCAAAUGAGGACCCCCACAACCCAGGUGCAUCGAUAUUAACACAUAUGGCAGUGGAUCGUCGGACAUCAACUUUCGCCGUGGCUGUUUCACAGAGUAAGGUGGAUGCAGCCAACACUCCCUCGGAACUUGCCAUCUUUGCUCCGGAUCGAAGUGAACCUCAGGUGGUACAAGAAUUCCCCCGCCCUAUAACUGCCGUGGUCUCUUCUGUUGGGUCUAGUGGCUACCUAGUACUAGACACUGCCGCUCAACUGUGGUCCGUUAAUGAGGGCAUGGAUACAAAAUCUCUCGCAUUUGCUCAACCACUCGCCGAUCUAAGCCUCGACCAAGUGAAUACUGAGGAGUCUCGCGAGGAUGAGGCUUCUCUAGUAUUACUAAACAAACAAGACGACGAACCGGCAAGUGGUGAUGAGAUGGAGGUUGAUGUUCCAGAUGUUGCGGCCAAUGAUGACAAUGUAUAUCCGGCUGUUGUUCCAUCACAGAAACUCGCGGAGUUAUUCGAUACUGCGCCGGCAUUUGCUAUGCCACCGAUUGAGGAUAUGUUUUACCAGGUUACGAAGCUAUUUUCGUCAAAUGUAGCCGUGCCUGCGUCAUAAAGACCGUUUCCCGUAGGGAUUAACGAAUUAUUCAAAUAAUCAAAAUUCCUAUCCUUGACUCAAGUUGAUACUGUGGAUAUCAUGGUGUUGUGUGAGGUUCUUCCAUGACAUAUCUGAUAAUACGAGAAGAGUUUCAGGUCCAGAAUGCCAUUGCUUAAAGAGCCAGUGCAUUAAUAGCUUCGAGGAAUCUAUUGAUAUGAUGAGGGUUGGGUUGGUGUUAAUAGGACUUUAUGAUAUUCUACGCCACCCCUCAUACGAUAGCUCAAAUGGUACUAAUCAGCUCGGGUGUCCGAUGAAGUUAAGUACACUCCAGUGUUGACCAAAUCAUAUUAUUUGGCAGCAGGUUCAGGCGUACAGGUGGUGCAAAAUGCUGAUUUUAUGCCUGUUGAUCACGGCUGCUUGGAUACUUUAUGUUAAAAGUGAUAGCUAGUAUGAGGUAAAUUAAAAACACAUCGAACUGAUAUCUUGCAUUCGCUCUGUCGCUAUUCGCUAUUAU